CGGGGGCGGCGGCGCCGGCAGGGGGCACUGCGCGCCGGGCAUGGAGUGCGUGAAGAGCCGCAAGAGGCGGAAGGGUAAAGCCGGGGCAGCAGCCGGCGGCCCAGGGGUGAGCGGCGUGUGCGUGUGCAAGACCCGCUACCCCGUGUGCGGCAGCGACGGCGUCACCUACCCCAGCGGGUGCCAGCUGCGUGCCGCCAGCCUGAGGGCAGAGAGCCGCGGGGAGAAGGCCAUCACCCAGGUCAGCAAGGGCACCUGCGAGCAAGGUCCUUCCAUUGUGACGGCCCCCAAGGACAUCUGGAAUGUCACUGGUGCCCAGGUAUACUUGAGCUGUGAGGUCAUUGGAAUCCCAACUCCUGUCCUCAUCUGGAACAAGAUAAAAAGGGGUCACUAUGGAGUUCAAAGAACAGAACUCUUGCCUGGUGAUCGGGACAACCUGGCCAUUCAGACUCGGGGUGGUCCAGAAAAACAUGAAGUAACUGGCUGGGUGCUGGUAUCUCCUCUCAGUAAGGAAGAUGCUGGAGAAUAUGAGUGCCAUGCAUCCAAUUCCCAAGGACAGGCUUCAGCAUCAGCAAAAAUUACAGUGGUUGAUGCCUUACAUGAAAUACCAGUGAAUAAAGGUGAAGGCACCGAACUAUAAACCUACAGAAUAUAUUAGUCUGCAUAGCUAAAAAUAAUCAUGGAUAACUACAACCCCUGUUUUUGCCUAAUAACCAGUUUCUUUUCAUCCAGUCCACUAACAGUUUAGUUAUAGUCACUGUGUUUUACAUAGUGAAAUACAAAAUAAAGAUAACUCAUCGAGACUAUCUACAAAAAUUUAUUGUCUAUUUACAGAAGAAAAGCAUGCGUAUCAUUAAAAAAAACAAAUAAAAUGCUUUUUCUCACAAC